AUGCUGCGCUGGCUACUUGUUGUGCCUGCCUUAGCAGCAGCUGGCAUCCUUGUGUUCACUAAUCCUCUGAAAUUUCGCAGAGAGCCGCACAAUGCAUUGAAUGCACCACCACCACCACCCCCGCAGUGUUGGGCACAGGCCUGGGUGAGAGCGCCCGACAUGGUUCCCGGCGAUGUUAUUGUAGGAGACGUCAGGAUUAAACUCAAUGGACCAGCAUGCGCUGAUGUCGAGAGCUAUGGCCUUGGCUUGCGCUACAAGGAAAUGAUCUUCUGGAAGUUGAGACCAGAAUCCAAAUACAGUUCUAUGGACUCAACUCGUGAUGUGCUUCGCGCCCGGAUGCCUUUCCAGCACUCUGGGAACCCACACUACAACGAAUUACCACUAAGGGCGCUCGAAUGGGCGUUCCAGAAACCUGAACACAAUAAAGACUUGUGGCCUGUGCACGAGGAAGAACGGAUUGCCUUUGAGAUCAAGACUCCUCUGGUUAGUGCGGAGGGGGCAGAUCCAUUGCCAACAACCUUCACAAGUCAAUUUGGAAUUCUGGUGCCAAAUACAAACUACCCUCCAGGAUUUGACUACCGUCAUGGUGCAGAAUUUGACUACCGUAAUGGUGCGCCAGGCAGGCGAGGUAUCGUUGGAGGUCCGGAUAUUAUACGAAGCGAAUCGAAUUACGAGUACUUCGUCGAGAUCAGGUUUAGCAAUGGCACAACUUGGAAUAUUCCUGCGGGAAUAACAGCCUUCAACCCGUUCUACGUCUCAACUGAAGAUGAAACGCCCAGUGUCAACGUAUCCAUGUCACCCUCAGGCCCUGGUCGGGGACCGCGGCGAAGGGAACAAUUGUUGGAUAAACUGUCGAGCAACUACACGGUUGAAGUAUCCUUUCCUGAAGGAACUCAGAUUAAUCAAGACUCGUCAGUGAAUAUCACAGCCACUGUUCAUCGGACAGGAUACACGAGUCGGACAGACAUUCCUUUGCAGUUGUGCGCGUCUUCGACAACCGCCAACGAAUGGCGUCCUCGGGAGCUCAAGAACCGAUCACAGCCAGGCAUGUCAUACGUCAAGGCAUUGGUCCCAUCCAUAAUUUCCUCCAUGAACCCCUCUAUGCAGCAAUCGCAAAAAUUUCAGGUCUUCCAACGCCCAUGCAGAGAGAUCAAAUUUGUGGCAGCUCCUGCAGGCUUGACUCACGAAGGCCACAUUUCUUCCACGUCCUCUGAACCACUGUCAUUUUCCGUCCACGUGCCUCAGGGUUCUGCUCCUGCCUUUUUAACGUACUAUCAGAAUCUGGGACAUCGUGUCACUCUGAAUCUCCAAGUCAAGCCCGAUCCAUCAGAGCCAUGGGGGAAUGAUUUUGAGAAGAAACGAUGGGAGCAGCAGAAGCAACGAUGGCGGCAGCAGACUAGAUGGAUGGAUGAAGCUGAUUUUGAUUGGGUGCCCUGGUCAUUUCCCACACAGCAUCGUCUCCGAAACCUGAAUGGCAACGCCGAUGUAUCAUUCAGUCCAAUGCAGGACCAGCGUCCUGUGCAACCAACGCCAGUUCACUAUCUGUCAAACGAAGCUCGCCAACCAGCAUUUGUCGAUGUGUCAGAUAUUGCUGACCUCCGGUCAAUGACGACCGAGGAACGCGAUCUCCUUGCCCCAAUUGCGCAGCCGUCUAUCAAGGUGUCUGAAGGAGGAGAGCUUCCUAAUUGGUACUUCACCCCCAAGUACAUGAUAAUGGAGCACAUGGAGCAGCCCAUAUAUGUUGGCGACACCUGGCUCAAUAAAGUAUUGUCGGUGGUUGCUGAAGGCCAUCACGAGAGAGAUAUGGACGGCUUUCUCGAUAUGCAAGGCAUAUGA